AGAAGAUCGACCAGGAGCUGUUUGAGGACUACUCCUUCAGCGUGGAACAGCUGAUGGAGCUGGCCGGGUACAGCUGCGCCGUCGCCAUCGCCAGGUGUUUCCCAAUAGACAACAUGUCCAAGGACAACGGUGCAGUGCUGGUGUGUUGUGUAUAUCUACAGAGUGUGUCUUGUUGCAGUGUUUCCCAAUAGACAACAUGUCCAAGGACAACGGUGCAGUGCUGGUGUGUUGUAUAUAUCUACAGAGUGUGUCUUGUUGCAGUGUUUCCCAAUAGACAACAUGUCCAAGGACAACGGUGCAGUGCUGGUGUGUUGUAUAUAUCUACAGAGAGUGUCUUGUUGCAGUGUUUCCCAAUAGACAACAUGUCCAAGGACAACGGUGCAGUGCUGGUGUGUUGUAUAUAUCUACAGAGUGUGUCUUGUUGCAGUGUUUCCCAAUAGACAACAUGUCCAAGGACAACGGUGCAGUGCUGGUGUGUUGUGGGCCUGGCAACAAUGGUGGGGACGGCCUUGUCUGUGCCAGACAUCUCAAACUAUUUGGCUUCAAGCCUUCCAUCUUCUACCCGAAGCAGCCCAACAAGCCCCUGUUUGAGAGCCUGCGCCGCCAGUGUGAGGGGAUGGACAUGCCCUUCUUGUCCUUCUUCCCCUCCGACCCCCAGCUCAUCAAAGACUCCUAUAACCUCAUCGUAGAUGCGCUGUUCGGAUUCAGCUUCAAGGGACCUGCCCGCCCUGAGUUUGCCUCCAUCUUGGAGAAGCUGAAGAAGAUACAAGACGAUGUCCACAUCUGCAGCAUUGAUGUCCCUUCAGGAUGGGAUGUAGAAAGCGGCGACACUGACGGCAUCCACCCAGAGCUGCUCAUCUCGCUGACGGCACCCAAACUGUGUGCCCGCCACUUCAGGGGCAAACACCACUACCUGGGCGGCCGCUUCGUGCCGAAGACGCUGGAACAACGCUACAGUCUCAAUCUUCCUGCCUACCCAGGCACAGAGUGUGUGAUAGAACUGAAAACACAGACCACGGAACCUGCAGAAAGUUCCAAGUGAUUCUCUCCGCUGCCAUCAAUUCACCUCCUGCUGUUUGUUGAUAGCUUGAAAUGUGUAUAUCAUCUCUGUCCUUUCCAAACAAUGUAUAGAGAAAAGGUUUGGUGUAGAUUUGUUGUGCAUCGGUUGAAGUUAUUUUAAAGGUUGGUUUAGUUGGGUUAAUUCUGCUUUCAGCUUUAGUUAUAUCAUGCUUGUCAGUUUAGAGGUAGUCAUCAAGCCAUACUAAAAGACUUGAAGAAUUAAAGUCACAUGUGACCUGAAUGUCACAAUGGAGUUCUGUUUUUGCUCACACAACAGCACAACAUCUUGAUUAAACGCAUCUCUCAAAAUAACAAUUAAAUUUAGUAAACAUUG